CUCAGCAUCAGCGCAGCUCAAAAAUGCCUCCGUGAGUUUGCAAGGGGCAGCAGGAAAAUAAUGGCUUGUAAUGAUGACCUCUUAAAGAAUCUUCAGAAUAACUUGCAAGAACUGAACAACCUCCGAUCUAAAUACCUUGCAUCAACAAAACGUCCCUUGUCUGCAGGGACCAAAUCAUUGCUCCGUGAUCAACAGCAAUUGCCAAGAGAAAAUAUGAACAUCCAACCAUUUGCUCCUAGAAAGAGCAUUCGCCACCGUAACCCUUAUUGGCCUGAUGAAGAAAUCCGGACCUUCAUUGAGAUCUGGGGUGAUGACCAGGUCCAAGCCUCGUUGGCCACCAAUUUUCGCAACGAGGCCCAGUAUGAGUGGAUCUCUGAUCGGAUGCGGGAAUAUGGCUAUGACCGGGAUAUGAAACAAUGCCGCUUACGUGCCAAGGAGCUUCGGCGAGGAUACAAGGCAAUUGUUUGUGGAAACAACUCUUCUGUGAGUGGUCAACGUGCCCUGCCAUUCUAUGACUCCUUGAACAGUUUCCUGUGCAUGCACAAGGGCCUUGUCGUGUCCAAAGUCUCCCUCUCUAUAGAUCGGAGGAAUCGAGAGGCACAAAAGCUGGGGCUGGAGCAGGAAAAGAAUGAAAAGCUCAGUGUUGUCCUUGUUUCUGAUGAUGAUGAAGCAUCCAUCCCGGAGCCUGCAGAUGACUCCAAUGGCUACUUUCAAGAUGCACGGAUAGAUUCCGACCCAGUGAAUGCACAGUCUCCAGGCGAUGAGUGGGAACAGCAUGGAGAAGAUGGCAUUUUGGCAGGCGAUGUCGCUUCGCCCAGUUUUCCCAACGCUCGAGGAGAGAGCCAUUCUGGCCCAUCUAGUUCCUUUCCCAGGGCGCCCCUAGCCGACCCAGACAGAAUGAGCAACCACUGGCACCGGAAGCAGAGGAAACAAAUGGAAGCCACCUCGGACCUUGUGGAUGCCAUCUCUCAAGUGGGCGAUAGACUCGUAAAUGCUCUGUCUGAUUUGCACUCAACACACAGGGAAACAUCUGAGUUUGCACAGAGCCGGGAAAGUAAUGCCCGCAAGGAGGAGUUUGCCACCCUCGCCAGCCACGUGCAGCAGGCCACAAAAAACAUGGACAAGCUCAUCGCUCUUAUGGAGACGUCUACCAAACGGAUUGCAGAUGCCAUGGAUAGACAAACGGCCGCCUUGGAGAACCUGGCACGGUUGUUUGCCACAAGAGCGCCAGCUCCUUCGGUGCCCUCUGUACCCCAAGGGCAGCCGAUGCUUUCCUCUCCGAGCGUCUCUGGACCACUCCCGUCACUACCCGCAGGGCUACACAAUGCCCUGAACACUCUGGGGGCACAUCGCACUGCUGAACCCAAAGCACCAGCAACACCAGCUCCCUGUGAGGCUGAGGAAUGUCAACCAGAGGCAAAGAAAAUAAAAACAGAAGAAGACUAGUAUAAUCCGAUUGUACAGCCAUCCCCUCAAACCUCCUUGUUUGUUCUCAUGGGGUGAAUCUUCAUCCUGGGUUAUUGUUUUUUAAAUCCUUCGAGGAAUAAGCAAGGAAGGUUGAAGAUGUAACAAAUCUCAUUUGUGUGGGGUUUUUUUUUUAAAAAAAGAUUAUCUAGGUUUUACGUUUGUGGGUGGGUUUAUAUAAGGGAGGGAAGUGGGAGCUUUGCCCACAAUGAUAAUUUGUACAGUUCACUGGCAUUCCAUUAUUCUAUUGUUUGUUCUAUAUCCUGCUGCUUAAAUAUGCAAUUUGGGCUGCAAUCCAGUGCACACUUACUUGGGAGUUAGUCCCAUUGAACUCUGUUGGCCUUACUUCUGAGUAGACAUGAGUAAGACCAGACUGUCCAUGUGGUCUGGAUGUUGGCUUUGGACGCGGAGAACAUGGAUUCAAAAUCUCUGCUCAGCCACAAACUCACUGGGUGGCCUUCUGUAGGUCCCUCUAAACCACAAUGUCUCUGUCUCCAAAUGAGUAAUAUUAUUGACCUACAUCAUUUGUUGGUUUUGAAGAUGAACAAUUUAAAAGCUUGUGAAUCAUUGUGCACCCUCAAACUGCUAUAGAAGAUACGAGUAGAGAACUCCAUAUUUCUUUUCGUUGAUAUAUACAAACUCCUGUUAUUAAAUUAAUGAGAUGCACUGAUAGGAAUGAGCUGUUUUCCUCCCUUGUCCCCCUGAAAACAUGUGCCAGAUGAACCCCCAUAUCUGAUUGGAAACACAAAAUAAUCUCCCAAUAAAAAAGAACGGGCGGUUUUAAGGUGGUUGCAGCAGCUGGUGUUGCAAGACUAAAGUCCAAGCUUGUUUUUUGGUUUGUUUGUGUGUGUGUGCAAGAUACA